CCAAAAUCUCUCCCAACCUCCUCAUUCCUCUCAUUUGCAGACACGCUUCUCUUUUACACUCUAACUUUAUAGCCACUCGUACAAUUCAAAGAAAAUAUAUUCCAAAAUGUCCUGCCCCAACUGCUUCGCCGGCCACAUUAACCCCUCCACCCCAACCGGUCACGUCACGACUCUCCACGGACUGGACGUCUACAUCGCCGAGCCACCAGAGAACACCGAGCCCAAAGGAAUCAUCGUCAUCAUCCCUGAUGCAUUUGGCUGGGAGUUUGUUAAUAAUCGCAUCCUCGCGGAUCAUUAUGCGCAGCGGGGAGGGUUUCGGGUUUUGUUGCCGGAUUUUAUGAAGGGAACCGCCGCACCAGUCUAUAUGCUCGACGCCGUCCGCGGUGUUAUGGCGACGGGGUCCCUCUGGGAUUGGGUUGUUAAGCCCUACCACAUCCUCUCCACCCUAUUCGGCUUCAUCCCCUUCAUAGCACGCAACUACCCCGGAAAAUCCUACCCAGUCGUAGAGUCCUUCUUCAGCGCCCUGCGCCGCUCCACAGACCUGAGUACCCCCAUCGGCGCCGCAGGCUUCUGUUGGGGUGGGAAGCACACUGUGCUCCUUGCACACGGCGCAUCGACAGACGUCAAUGGUGUGAGUACACGACUCAUCGACGCGGGAUUCACAGGCCACCCGAGCUUCCUGUCUGUCCCCGGCGAUAUCGAAAAGCUCGUUGUCCCCGUGAGCUUUGCUUUGGCGGAGUUGGAUAGUGUGCUUAAGGGGGAGAGUAUUGGGGUCGUGAAGCGGGUUGUUGAGGAGAAAGAGGAGGUCGGUGGAGAGGUGAGGGUUUAUCCGAGGGCGGGCCAUGGGUUCUGUGUUCGGGCUGAUACGGCCGUGCCGGAUAGUAGCCGCCAGGCGGAGGAGGCGGAGGAGCAGGCUAUUGCGUUCUUUCAGAGAGUUUUUGGGAGGCGCACCUAAUGUUACGGGCUGGCUGGUCUUGAGUAAUGGUUUGGUUUGGUCCGGAUAUCAGGGUGGUAUUCAUGCGACGCUAUGCUAUGUUUGCCCUACACUGUAUGCUGUAUGUUGCGCUUAGUUAAAUGACUAUAUCUUGUCCGGUGUGCUGUUCGCACUGCUUCUGCGAGCCUCUGUAUCAUCACCCCCAAUAAGCGCCCUCAACCUCCCCCUUCUCCUCCGAACCAACCCCCUAAAGCU